CGGAUGCUGGCGCAUCGCACGCACAGAGGGAGAGGGGGGUGAGGGGAUCACACCUUUCUCUCGCUUUCUCUCUCGUUUGCGAGCGGCGGCGCGGGCGCUCGAGCUGACGGUCGGUAGAGACGGCGCCGGGCAUCUGGAGCUAGGAUAUGGACACCAACAACGGAAAGGGAGUUGUAGCCUCAUGGACAUCAUCCAUGUCAUCUUUGAUGCUCUCCAAUUUGGCCAAUCUGGUGGCUAGUGGCACAAGGACAUCGGCUGGUUUUAAGCAGGUGCAUCUCAAUGCAUGUGCUAGAGUUGUGAAUGAAAAGUUUUCGACAACACUCACCGGGGAUCAGAUUAGAAAUCAUUUGAAGACAUGGCAUAAGAAGUUUCAAAAGAUUAGUCGUCUUAGGAAGGUGAGUGGAGCUAUUUGGGACGAAGAGAACUUCAUUAUUAGCCUUGACGAGGAGCACUACAAUGACUAUAUGCAGCAUAACAACAAGAGCGAUGCUGAGUUUUUCAACAGGCCUAUUACCAACUAUGGUGAGAUGCUUACCAUAUUUGGUAGUACCAUGGCUAUAGGAAAUUUUGCAAAGGACUCAAGCUCAGUUCUAGGCACUGAAGAUGUCGAGGGUACAGAGAAUGAAGUGAAUGAAGAUGCUCCCACAAUAGAUCAUGAUGAGAGAUCAUCGGCUAGCAAGCCCAAGAGACAAAAGACAUAUGCACAUGACGAUGAUGGUUUGGUUGGUGCAUUUGACAGAGCUAGUGACAAACUAGCAAAUGCCAUAAUAAGGUCUAGCACAGUUGGGAAUGAACUACCUGAUGAUCUAUGGGACAACUUGAAUAGCCUUCCAGGUUUUGAGCAACAUCACAUCUCUUUCUACUAUCACUAUUUGGUUGCUAAUCCACAUAUUGCUAGAGCUUUCAACGGUCUUCCAUUUGCGAACAAACUUGAUUGGGUUGCUAUGUACAUCAGCGAGAAGUUUCCCGGUGCUAUGUAGGAUACCAUCUUCAUGGAAAGAUUGGUUAUUUCACUAUUAUGAACUAUUUGUACCCUCUCAUUUUGUAUUGUGUGUGCACCGUUAAUUUGGGCUAUGUGUAAGACUUCAUGCAAUUAUCUACUAUUAUGUGAGACUUUGAAUUGGAAAAUUUGUGGAUUUCAAUUUUGUUUGAA